CCAUCGCCGACGACCAGUCGCGAAACCGACGCACGCCUGACGUCUCUGUGAAGCAGCGGCCCAGAGGCUUUGCUCUCUCUCCUCAGCUGCCUGCGCCUCCAGCGUGUGUCGCGCCCACCCCCGCGGAUCCUUACCUCGGUCCGUUUUUCUUGCGCGUUUCCUUAUUAAGGAGUAACAAAAGAAGCGGAUUAUCACGCCCUAUUUUUUAAAUAUAUUGUCUUUACUCUCCUUUCAGUUAAAAACAUUAUUUCGGCUAGCCCUUUUUGAGACAAGCACGUGAAUGAUCGUGUUUCAAGUUCCCUGACAUAAGUUUAGUUUUAGAAAGUUAUAGACACCAGUUUUUCGUCUCUCAAGAGGUUACCCGUCCAAGACCUACGUGAAUGCAUUAUAAAGAGUUUGCCAGCUGCAAAGAGACGACUGACAAGAUCCUGUGGAAGCCGGAGAGCGUGGCCCCGCAGCUGAGCGCGCCGUCGCCCGCGCUCUUCACCUCGUGGCGCAUCUCCUCAUCUGACCGACAGCGGCGGAGAGACUGCCAGGGCCGCUAGGCAUGCUGGGAGCCGAGCAGUCCACCAUGUCCAGCUCUGAGGCGGGAGCUUCCGCCAUGCACGUGCCGGCCGGCCACGAAGGCCUGGGAGACUGGCCGGGCCCCGGGGGCGGCAGCUGCAGGGGCGACGAGGGCGACGCGCUCUUCUCGUGGCAGGACUACAGCGUGCUGGCCACCGUGCUGCUCGUGUCCUGCGCCGUCGGCAUCUUCUACGGCGUGCGCGAGUGGCUGCGCGGCCACCGUGAGCAGGCGGGGCAGGAUGCGGGGGCGAGCGCCGGCGAGAAGGGGGCUGCGGGGGCGGAGGCGGGCGCGGGCGACGCGGGGCAGGCGGCCGCCGACUUCCUGCUGGGCGGCUCCUCCAUGCCGCCGCUGCCCAUGGCCAUCUCGCUCGCCGCCAGCUUCGUGACGGCGGUGGAGCUGCUGGGUAACACCUCCGAGAUGUACCUGCACGGCACGCAGUUCUGGAUGUCGUGCCUCGCCUUCCUCAUCGUCGUGCCGCUCACCUCGCAGCUCUACCUGCCCGUCUACCGCGCUGUUGAGGUCACCUCCGCCUACGAGUACCUGGAGAUGCGGUUCGGGCGCGGCGUGCGCAGCCUGGCAGCCGCCAUGUACGUCGUCCAGAUGACGCUCUACACCUCCGUCGCCGUCUACGCGCCCGCCCUAGCCCUCAGCGCAGUGACUGGACUUAACGUCUACCUGGCCGUUACCUGUGUCUACGCAGUAUGCAUCAUCUACUCAUCUCAGGGCGGGAUGCGCGCCGUCAUCAUCACGGACACGUUCCAGGCGGCCGUGCUGAUGGGCUCCAUCUUCGUGGUGCUGGCGCUGGGCAACGACCGCGUGGGCGGCCUCUCCGUCGUGUGGCAGCGCAGCUCCGUCACCGAGCGCCUCGAGUUCUUCAACCUCAACCCGGACCCGACGGUGCGCCACAGCUUCUGGUCCGUGGUGGUGGGCGGCAGUUUCUACUGGGCCACCAUGUUCUGCUCCAACCAGGCCUCCGUCCAGAAGUACAUGUCUGUCGCCACCAUCAAGCAGGCCAGGACGGCUUUGUGGGUGAGCUGUGCCGCCUUGGCCAUCAUUUUCACGGCCAACUUCUACACUGGUAUGGUCAUCUAUGCUGACUACCACGGAUGCGAUCCCAUCAAAACUGAGGCCAUCACCGCCAGCGACCAGUUGUUGCCGUACUACGUGAUGCAGCACAUGGCACAUCUCAAGGGCGUGGCCGGCUUCUUCGUCGCAGGAAUAUUCAGUGCCUCCCUCGGCACGGUGGCGGCGGCGCUCAACUCGCUGGCGGCGGUCACGGUGAGCGACUUCAUGCUGGGCGCCUUCCCCGCCAUCAGCAUCGCGCCAGAGAAGGCCGGCACCGCCGCCAAGUGGGCCUCGGCCAUCUUCGGCGCCAUCAGCUUCGCCCUCGUCUUCGUCGUCGAGCGCCUCGGCGGAGUUCUCCAGGUGGCGCUGAGCUUCAACGGCAUGGUGGGCGGAGUGACGCUCGGCAUGUUCUCGCUGGGGAUGUUCUUCCCGUGGGCCAACAACAAGGGCGCGCUGCUCGGGGCGCUGGCGGCGAGCGCGCUGGUCGCCUGGAUCGGCGUGGGGGCGCAGGUGUCGGGCGCCAACCAGGCGGGCGACGCCACCAAGUUCACCUCGGCCGACCUCUGCCCCGCCUGCAACCUCACCGGCGACGCGGCGCUCGACUUCACCACCGCCUCCAGCAUCACCACCGCCGCCAGCACGCUGUCGCCCGCAGCACCAGAAGAGCCAGUGUUCGUGCUGUACCGGCUGUCCUACCUGUGGUACUCGGCCAUCGGCUGUGUGACGACGGUGGUGGUGGGCCUGGUCGUGAGCCUGGUUACGGGUCCGCGUGACCCCACCACAGUGGACCCAGCACUGCUGUCACCGCCGGUGCGCGUCCUGCUCGACAACCUGCCCAAGAGCCUGCGCAACCGCCUCAGUCUCAGGGACAUGUCCAAGCGCAGAUUCUCCACUGUGCGACCGCCUUGCGUCUCGUCCAUAUACCGUGGUGGCAUCAUCAACGCUGGUAUCUCUCUGGAUGAUGAAAAGCCAGUGGUGCCACCCUCAGCGACUGUAACUUCCUCACAAGCACCACCACCGGCUUCAAUGGGAGGUGGCAGUCUGAAUGGAAUGCCACAGCAAAUGCAGCCAGAUGGUUCACCACAAAAAAAAGUAUCAUCUUCCAAUGAAAACAAUGGGAUGUACUUUGCUAAACUUUAGCACCAAAGUAAAAUGAUGGUGGAUGGAAUCAUAUACCCCAAGCAUUAGAGGGCUAACUGAAAAUGCACUAUCUGUCAUGCUAGCCAUGUAUAAUUGUCGUCUGAGAGUGCACUCUCUCUUGACAUAUAAAAGACACGUGACCACUGUGAGGGAGAGGACACAAUGAACAGGGCACUGGCUUUAUUCUGAGCACACCUUAAGCAGCUAAUUAACAAAACUCAUUAGUUUCUACUAGGUAGAAAUUCCAUUGUACCAUCCUAAUCCUAGUUACACUCAGCAUUUGGCUCUCCCUCUACAGUUCCUGUUAGUUCUCAUCAGAGCCAGUGGUAAUGGUUUAUGGGACACUUUUUAUGCUUUCUGAUCCAAAUUAGAAUGUUUGACAACAAUUUAGUUGUAUUCAUUCAUGAAAAAUUACUGCCUCAAGUAUGCCAUGGCUCUCUGUAUGUGAGAAAUGUCAAAUAGCUUCUUCUACCAAAUUUGCCAUAACUGUUUUGUUUUCAACACAUCUUUUUUUCAUAAGAAUGUUUCUGUAAGCAUAAAAAAUGCUUUCAAGAUAUACUCUGCUUGGGUAACUUGUCUUACAUACAUAUACAUCUUCAAGUAACUUACAUAUUUCUUUAAGAAGAGGAGUCAUUUUCUGUAGUUCAAUUUUCUCUUGUGUGGCCAUGAACAAAAACUGAAUUCCUAAACAUGUGUAAUGCUUGACUAUUUGACAAUUUUAUACAUUGAAAUAACAGUGAUUUGAUCAUAAUCCAUAACUAAAUAUCAUCUUUUUGUAAUUACUCCUCCUUUGCUUAAAACCAUAAUUAGAACACUCAUUCAUAGUAGGUUGUAUUCUCCAAUUCUAUUUCACUGGGAAAGAAUUAUUUUUGUUGUAAUUCUUUUCUCAUCAAGAGGCAGACCAAUUGUCUAUUUCAGAUUCAACUUUGUGCCUCUCAGAUCUAUUUCCUAUUUUGAGUACCAGCAAUUCAUUUUCCUCAUGAACAGUAAUGGAGGAUUGUUUUAGGUUACCUUCCAUUGGGCAUCCAUAACUUUUGUUUAUAAUCUAUCAUGUUAUAUGUCAAGCUCUAUAUGUUGAGCUGUUCCAUUUCACUAUAUUUCUCAUACUAAUGCUUCUCUUGAGCUCUCUGUUUGUGCCCUUCUUUAUUAGUACCCAUUGUUCACUGCCAUAUGGAUAACACAACAAAGUGAUAGUUUCGUAUCAGUCAUUAUUUUUGCUACUUCCCUUUACUUUUUUUUUAAUUUCUAAGAUUAUUUUAAGGUUCUCAUAGAUAUAACUGAAAUUUCCUAGAUUACAGUCGAUAUAGAUGAGUGGUUUCUAACAACCAAAACACUUGGUCAGUGGUACUGGUUCCUAGCAUGUAGUAAUAGCGUUAGGCAAGUUCAUCAUUGGGUAACACUGCUAGCUUCACUGUCGUUACUCAUAUGAACUGCUACGUAAAAGAGGGUGGACGCAUGUCAAUGAUAACUGCAAAUAGAAUGUCAAAUAGAUUCAUUAUAAAAUUGAAAGUUAUCAUUUCAUGUCUUUAUAUAUAUAUUACGAGCAUAUAAAUGGAAGAAACUGAACUUACUAUAAGUUAUAAAAUCAGGCAUACUACACAAUUUGAGAGGGUAAAAUUGAAUUCAUUGGCUAUGUCAGUACAUAGGUACUUUCCAUUUAUACAACAGUUCUACUUAUCUCCUUGGCCUCACUCAUAUUGCUGCUCAAUUCCAAACCGUGAGCAUUCUUUGUAAAGUGAGAAAAACAGUUCUAAAAUAAAUGAAACAGAAAUUCAUCAAAACAGUUUCUAUUCUCUUUCUAUGAAAGAUUUUAAUAGUUUGUUAAAAAUAUUAUUGCAGAAUAGGCCAAAGAACUAUCUCUACAAAUACACUUGUCGCUCAUCUAUGUUACCAUAUGUGUAUCUUUGUGAAGCACUGCCUUUUGCUAAUAGAAAAUGUAAGUAACUAUCAGCUGUACAGUUUGUAAAUUUUCUGAAAUUCUAUAAUGCACCUGAGCUUUCAGUAUUUUUUCCUUGUCAAACCAUGUUCAUUCAUCAUUAACAAUUCCUCUAAUAUAUGCAUAUAUUACCAAAGAAUGUUAGCCAUGUUAUAAAAACAAAAUAACACAGCACAAAAAUUGUUCUGGAUAUUAAAUUAUAAAAAGAUCAAGUUUAUCUGUGUGUCUCUUCCAAGACAAACACAGUAAGAAAUUUUAUAAAUACUAUAAUGUGUUUGAUAUGUGAUGCUGUCUCCAUAACCGAAGGGAACAAAAUGGAAAGUAUUAAGUUACAUGUAAUUAUAUCUAGAAGAUUUAGAAGCGAUUUUUGCAUUUAGUAGAAUGCUUGCAUUUCAAUAUAUGUAGCAUGUAGCUGUUACAAUAGAACAUUCACUAUGUCUAGAAAGACUAUACUCACUACAUAAUUUAGAUAGCCAAGAGUACAAAUCAAAUAGAAAUAAUAUUAAAGAAAUGUAAACAGUAAUAUAAAGUCAACUUAAAGUUUACACACUCUUUUAUUGUCUUGCCAUUUAGUAUCAAUAUAUGUAUGCAUGAAACUAUAUAAGACAAUGUACAACCAUAAAGAUAUGUAACAAAAAUUAGUUAAUAAAAUUAAUUUAGAGAGCA